AAGUGGACGAGAGGACUCCGGAAACAGCUCCGAUGGUUUCCGGUUAGAUUUGUUUUGAAGUAUUUGAAAUCUGGACUCAGACUUUAGCAGGUGCUUUACUCCAUAAUUUCACUGCGGACUACAUGUCCACGCUGUUCCCCCAUCUCUUCCCCCGGAUAACCGAGUCCCUGUGGUUCAACUUGGACCGACCCUGCGUGGACGAGACUGAGCUGCAUCAGCAGGAGCAGCAGCACCAAACCUGGCUGCAGAGCAUUGCUGAGAAAGACAACAACCUGAUGCCCAUUGGGAAGCCGAUCUUUGAGGCGGGGUACGAAGAAGAGGAAGAGGAGGAUGAUGAGGACGAGGAGGACAGCGAGGAAGACUCGGAAGACGAAGAAGACAUGCAGGACAUGGAUGAGAUGAAUGACUACAAUGAGUCGCCCGAUGAUGGGGAGAUCAAUGAGGUGGACAUGGAGGGCCCAGACCAAGACCAAGACCAGUGGAUGAUUUAAAACAAAAGACAAUUUUAGUCUCCAUCAAGCUGUCUGGAUUUCUACCCAGCCUCCCCACAGACACUACUUUAAAACUCAACUGCUGUCUGUUCAGUCUAAGACACAGAUAUAUUUUUUUAUUCGUGUAAAUAGAGAAGUAUGGAUGAAUACCAUGAUAUCCUUCAGAUGGAGUUCGGGUAAAUCCAACACUGUCUCAUGUAUGUCAAGCUGCAUUUGAACUUGAAGGCUUUGAAUGUCGUUCCACAUCGCUGUGAGUGUUGCUGUAUGUUUGAGCACUUGUGCACAUUUCCUGUUGUUUGUCUUUUCUUUAAGUGGCAAUGUUACACACAGAAGGUCGUCUGUUUUGUAACCAGUUGGGCGCACACGCACACACAGUGGCAACAGCAGGCAUCAGCCCAGUGAUCUCUCAUUAAACUUUGGUCUUGUCAUAUGUUCAGUCAUGUGCCACGUUUCAGAGACUCUCCAAACAGCUGACUGAGCACAUGCAACAGUUCAGUCAGCAAAAUAAUUUGUUACCUAUGGAGAUGACUUCACCAUAUCGUCCAGUUCUGUUUCUAAGCAGGCUUGUAUCUAAUAGCUUAUCGUUUGUUACAGAUGUCAGAAUUUACAUAAAGAACCUGUGCAGUGAAAUAAUAUUAUGUUCAGACAGUGCAUACGUUUUUUUUAAUUGUUUAACUACAUCACAGAUAAAAGCAGCCAUUACCACUGAAGAAUGUAAACUUAAAUAGGAACACACACAGUGUCUAUCCAGUUUACUGAAUGGAUUGCUUAGAAAGGCUUUGAUUAUUUGUACUGAAAUGAACAGAAGCCGUGACUAUUUGUAUUAAAUUAAAUAAUUUUGAUGAA